CACCAUCCCCCACCGCCCAGAUGACAAUCACAGUAUCGACGGGAAACGUUUCGCACUCGCGCCAGGUGCACUGUCUUGACCCGGUCUUGGACAUCAAGCAGCGGAUAUCGCAGUGGAAACAGCAGUCGCCGGCUCUUGAGCUCGACGAUGCCGCUGUCGCUGACAUCGAUAUCCCGGCCAAUCCCUCUGAACCUCUCUUUUGCUCUGAGGAAGCGCUCGCAAAGAAAAAGUUCGAGACAACAGAUAUUCUUCCCCAGCGGCUACAGCGCCUCUGCGCGCUCUCAAGCUCUCAAUAGCGCGCUCGCAAAGCUUCGCCAGUCAAUGCCGCCUUCUGCCGCCAUCACAUACCUCAACCUCUCCUUCCCCGAAAUCACCUUUGCCGACAACGACGACGACGACGAUGACGACUCAUCGCAGGACGAUCGGCCCGAAAGCGAUCUCUUGACCCCAGAUAUCCUCGACCUCUGGCGAACCGCGAGCAAGGCCACGGGUAUCUACAACGUCCAGCACCUCGGCGUGUCUGAGUUCUCGGCCGCGAGGCUGCAUGCGCUCAUCAAGUUUGCAGACAAAUCCGGCUGCGUCAAACCUGCCGUAAAUCAAAUCAACAUCCGCGACUGCUGCGUGCUGCCCCCGAGUCUAGUCAACCUGGCAAAGAGCCACGGCGUCAAACUGCUGACGCAUAACGAUAACUUCAAUAUCCUGCCGGUCGACAAUGUUCCGGAGUUUGUGAGCCUGGUCGGGUCGGCGGCGGCGGACUCCCCAGCGGAGUGGGCGUGGAAUUGGCUUAUAAAGAUCACCACCGUCGUCGCCGACCGCGGCGUCGUAUACGGUCAGGGGUGGAUGGUAGAGUUUGCCGAAGCAGCAAAGUAAUGCAUAUACAUUUAAUGCAAAUAUAUUCACAAUC